CACUCAUAAAGUUGAAGAAGAAGAAGUAAUUUAAAAAAACUUGCUAGCUUGUUAGUUACACACAACAAACGCAUUUCUUUUGACAUAGACGUGCGUCAGAUACCAGCAGACAUGCCUUUCUAUGAAGUUUACUCUCAUCCUGUCUUAAUUCGGUACAAAACAAGUAUUUGCACCAGCGCCACUGUGUUCCUAGUCGCGGUCCUGUGUCUCACUUACGUCCCGCCGUUGCUGGUGGCUUACCGGAGCCAAGGUUUCUGGAUUAAAAGGAGCACGUAUGAGGAGCAGCCAGUCGUACGGUUCCAGUAUGAGACUCUACUGGUGGCUGCGACUAGUAUGAGAGGAGACUAUGUGGCCUGGAGCACCGCCCCUCAUCUGAACAACAUGCUGGGAAACAACCUGCGAAUCCCUCUGGUUUCUGUAAGGGAAGAGGACCAAAACCAGGACGGAAAGAUGGACCUUCUCGAUUUUCAACUACAGUUACCACUGAGGGAUGAAGAACAUGUGUACAGUAUCCAACUGCUUCUGACCUUCAGCUACCAACUCUUUACGAAGGCGAUAGUGGUGAUGCAGAGCCUGGCAUUCGUGCAGCACUCUUCUUCUGUCCCCGGAGCUAAGCUGUUUGUUAGUGGAGACCUGAAGCUGCAGCAGAGGACACCCCUGCCUCACUGUGGACUUUUCAACGUUUACAAUGUUUCUGUGAUUGACAGCUCCAGCCCUUUUGCAAGCGCGUAUAACCUUGACAACAUAGUAGGGCGCUACCAAGAACGGAACUUGACCACCGUACUUUCCUGUCCAAUGCCGGUGUGGACGACAGGACGUGCCUCAGAGUCUCCUUUCCAACUUCAUGUAGAAAUCCGCUACCCGUUGGAGGUUAUUAGCUAUCGUCCUGGCUUUUGGGAAACAAUCAAGUUUGCUUGGGUCCAAUAUGUCAGCGUUCUGCUCAUCUUUCUCUGGCUUUUCGAACGCAUCCAGAGGUUUGUUUUCCAGAGCCAGGUGUUGACCACUGUCCCAGUAUCGUUUGGAAAACCCCACCAGCACUGACGGUGUGUGACACCGCACCAACUUUAUAUUUAUAUAUAUUCUAAAAGUUUUAUCCUUUGUAUUUUAAAGAAUAGUUGCUGCAGAAUCACACGGUACCAUGUUAGUUACUAGCAAGUUUCAAAAUUCACUAAGUCCAGCGAUGUAAAUAUAUUUUUAAAGUGUAGAGUUUUUAUUUUGCCUUCAGGACUUGGAUGUUUGUAUGUUCCUGCUAUUCUGUUUUGCAUUAUGCAGGGUGUGUUUGAUACAGGAAAUGACAUAA